AUGGCGGGCAAUGCUUUGAAAAACAUCAUAGUGAUCGGAGGCUCCUUCGUGGGGCGACCCCGAUUUGCCAUUGUUUCAGGCCAAGAGCAUAAAGCUUUUAUCCCGUAUAGUGGCAUUUUCUCUGCUGCCACAAAUCCCACCUCCCACAGCGUGAUCCAGGCUCGCGUCACAUCUGUUCAGCCACAUCACAUCGAGCUGGAUCGGGAGUGGCAGGGCUCGAAACAAAUUCCAUUCGACUAUGUUGUAGUUGCCACUGGAACUCGUCUCUCAAAACCUGCGGGCAUGGAGUUUGACGACAAACGGUCGUCGGUCGACUACCUUCAAAAGCAUCAAGCCGAUGUGAAGCGUGCUCAAUCAAUUCUCAUCGUCGGCGGCGGUGCAGUGGGGGUACAGAUGGCGACAGACUUGAAAGAGUGGUAUCCGGAGAAGAAGGUCACCGUGGUCCAGUCGCGGCCCCGGGUGAUGCCGACUUUCAACCCUCAAUUGCAUGAACUCGUCUCUCGGCGCUUCGAUGAGCUGGGGGUAAAGUUGAUCACCGGUUCUCGAGUUGCCAUCCCCCCAGGCGGAUUCCCAAAUAAUGGCAGUCCCUUCAAUGUGGAAUUGACCGAUGGAACCACCGAAUCUACCGAGUUCGUCAUUUUGGCGACGGGACAAACACCAAAUAAUCAACUAGUGGCCAACCUAGAGCCAUCGACCCCAGAUGGCGAAUCCAUUGUCAACCCUGAGAAUGGAUAUAUCAGAGUUCGGCCGACCAUGCAGUUCUUGGAUGCGAAGUAUUCGAAUCUGUUUGCCGUGGGAGAUAUCGCCGACACGGGGGCCCAAAAGGCAGCUCGCCCUGGCGCCGCACAAGCCGCGGUGGUUGCUAAGAAUAUCCAGGCAUUGAUUGAAGGUCGCAACCCAGAGGAAACGUUUGUCAAAGGUCCAGGGGCGAUUCAUUUGACUUUGGGAAUGAAACAUAACGUCAUUUUCCGCAACCCCAACACGGCGGAAGGGCAGACCGAGCCCUGGAUCAACGAGAAGCACGAGUCAUUGAAUCCCUGGAAAGGAAAGGAGUCUAGGAGCUUGUUGGCUUACUCUGUCCAGUAUAUUGCCAACUUCAGCGACGGGUUCCAAAAUACUCUUGCCAAUCCCACAAAUGUCAUUUUUAAGCAGCUUCUUGGCUCCAAGGGCUAUUCUUCGGACAUGAAAACCCGCAUUAGUGAUUCGCUCAUCAUUGGAGCGAUUCUGGGUGUGGUGGUCCUGGGUUAUACCUCGGAUAUGUUUUCUCGACGGGCUGGACUGCUCUUCACCUCAUCUUUGGUCGCGAUUGGGACUUUGAUGGCCACGCUUGCUCUUCAGGUGCAUCCAUCGCAGAACAUGCUGUGGUAUUUUGUCAUUGCUCGUGGGAUUGCCGGCUUCGGUGUCGGAGGGGAAUAUCCUCCAAGUGCAGCAGCCGGAAUUGAAGAAUCCGAGGAGGUGCGUAUGUAA